AUGGCAAUUGAAGUAGGCAAACCUUUCCCCGACACGACCUUUGCAUAUGUGCAGUACUCUCCAGAGUCUGGCGAUGCCGUGACAUCCUGCGGCAUUCCCGGCCCACUUGACACCGCCAAGGAGUGGAAGAACAAGACUGUGGUACUUUUCGGUGUCCCAGGUGCAUUCACACCCACUUGCCAGGCAUCACACCUGCCAAAGUUUGUCGAGCUCAUCAAGGAUUUCAAGUCCAAGGGUGCCGAUGUGGUGGCCGUUAUCUCCUCCAACGAUCCUUUCGUCAUGUCUGCUUGGGGCAAGGCCAAUGGCAUCAAGGACGAGAUUCUUAUGCUUUCUGACCCUAAUGUCAAGUGGGCUACUGACAAUGACUACAACUUGGAUCUGUCUGCCAAGGGCCUCGGCAACCGCGUCACUCGCUUUGGUAUGGUUAUCAAGGACAACAAGGUCAUUUACGCAGAGAAGGAGGCCAACCCUGGAGCACAGCCAGAGGUCUCUUCUGCCGAGAACCUCCUCUCGAAGCUCUAG